UUUGCAAAAAUGUCCAAAGCGGUUUUACUGGUGGCUCUCUGCUUUUUACCGGUUCUAACCAUCGCGGCUAGGCCGAAUAAGAACCCGUUUGUCGUGCGAGGCCGUGUCUAUUGCCACACUUGCCUCGCUGGUUUCGAAACAUCAGCCUCUACUUACAUUCCUGGUGCGGUGGUUAGAUUGGAAUGUAAAGACAGGAGAACAAUGGAGUUAACUUAUAGCCACGAGGCGCGCACCGACUCAACAGGAUCAUACAAGAUCUUGGUUAACGAAGACCAUGAUGAUCAGUUCUGUGAUGCAACGUUGGUUAGCAGCUCUCAGUUACGUUGUUCCACUCUCUCCCCUGGCCAUGACCGUGCCCGUGUGACUCUCACCCGUUUUAACGGUAUUGCUUCAGAUGAGCGUUUUGCUAACACUAUGGGAUUUCUGAGGGAUGCACCAAUGCCAGACUGUGCGGAUGUUGGUGCGGGAUUUAGCACCUCGAAGUCAACCGGCGCAAACCGUACCACCUCCAACACACCCGAUGUCACGGGCAUCGCACCUGCUCAAGACAACGUUGCAACACAGCGCGAUGUAUCAAUCAGGCCGGCUACCGCCGUGUAUGUUCGCCGCCCCGUCACCGAGUCAAGGAACAUGACUAAUGCCUCCUCCAAACUCCCACUUGAGGCCAGAUCUGAAGGGGAGACCAGCCAGGAAGCAGGGCGAACUCGAGAAGAGACAACCAACCGCGACACGGAGCUCUCCGAUGAACAACCAAGCGAGGAAGAUGCAUNGGACUUCUCCAUUGUAAGGCAUCGAUUAUUGAAUACAAUUAUUGAGUUCACUUCUUGUUCUUAG